AUGGAGAAAGAAUUCACGAAGGCACUGCAGAGCUGUGACAAAUGCUCGACAUUUCACGACCUUUGUGACUGUUUUGAUGCAACCGUGCGACCCCUGGUCGAAAAUUGUCUCUGUUCUGCGCUGCUGAAACCCGUACGUGAUCAUGUGAGUCCUAAUGAGUGCAACCCGCAAGUAUCACAGUUGCGGGACGUGCUGUGUAACAUUAGGGGCGGAAGUGACGAUGUCUGGUUUUUUCUUUAUCGCACCGCCGGCUCGUUGUUGUCCCGCUUCACGAAGAAACGGAUGCGCAAUGACAAGUGUAAUGUUUCAACGCUAGCGGUGAAUGUUUUUGUUCUCUUCUACGGCCGUGCGCUGCCCGAUCUGUCCAAGCUAUGCCUUCGGUGGGACUUCCUGCGUGAUGAAAAGAAAAACUACGAGUCGGACGAAGCGUACGUCCACUCCAACGCCGCUGAACGGCGAAAGCUUAUGAUGUCUUCGGUUCUUUCUGUUUUCUCGGAGAGAGCCCAUCGGCACUACUUCACCGCGUUGUGGAUGCCUUGCCUCCAGCAUGCGGCAGAGGCGGCAUUGCAUGUGCACAUACUGCAUCGGAUGGGCGAUGUGAUUUUGCCGUACCUGACGAAUCCUCUCGUUGUAGCAGAUUAUUUGAGCGGUUGCUUUGCCAGUGGCGGUCUCAUUGCCGUGCUUGCACUGCACGGCAUAUUCAUUCUUAUGCUAGACCACGGAUUGGAGUACCCUAAUUACUAUCAGCAACUUUACACUCUGCUCACCCCGGACUCCUUUGCCUCACGGCAUCGCUACGAUCUGUUUCGUUUGCUGGAUCUUUCUUUAACAUCUCUUCGUGUGCCAGCGUACAUUGCCGCCGCUUUCGCGAAAAAAGUAGCUCGCGUGGCGACGCUUUCCCCUGCUCCUGUUCUUUACUUUGUGCUCCCCUUUAUCCGUAAGGUGCUGCAGCGUCACCAAAACUGCCUCGCAUUGAUCCACCGGUCCACGAAGGAGGCAUUUGUGCCAGCUAAUGAUGACCACGAGGUUGCACAUUCGGAUGCUGGGGAUAGAGCAAGGGAGGCGGGCCGACUGGCAGCAACGCUGUUUGACGGGAACGACCCUUUCGUACCUGAUGCUCCAUUGGGAGAAUCUCACGCACUGCACAGCACAUUAUGGGAGCUUACAGCACUGGAACGUCACUUUAUCCCCACAGUACCGCUGAUGGUUUCUGUUUUUAGCAGCCCUGCAGAGGACCAGGCACCCCUACGUUACGAGAAGACGUAUGCACGUCUCUUCACUUCGGAGGUGACGCGGCCAAUUUCAAAAUCACAGCUUCCAACUGUUGCAUAUCGCGAACCGGAGAGUGAGGAUGGAGCGCUGCUGUUUGUGUAA